AUGAGAAGGAGGAUCAUCUGCAUGCACGGCGGCCUGUCCCCGGAGAUCACCCAGAUGGACCAGAUCCGCAGGCUAGUGCGACCAACGGACGUGCCGGACACUGGUCUGAUCUGCGACCUGCUGUGGGCGGAUCCCGACAAGGACAUCUUUGGUUGGGCCGAGAACGACCGCGGGGUCUCGUUCAUCUUCGGGCCCGACGUGGUGGCUACGUUCCUGUUGAAGCAGGACAUGGAUUUGGUUUGCCGCGCGCACCAGGUCGUUGAGGACGGCUAUGAGUUCUUUGCGAAGCGCCAGUUGAUCACACUCUUCAGCGCUCCUAACUAUUGCGGUGAGUUCGACAACGCAGGUGCCAUGAUGAGCAUUGACGACACUCUGAUGUGCAGCUUCAAGGUGCUCAAGCCCGUGAAGGGGAAGGUCGCCCGCUAG